AUUCAUUCAAUCAAAACUCUUCUCAUUCCAAAAUCAAUUAUUGUGUGUUGCCUUACUAUAUAUAUUUUCCUCUCAAUUUAUUUUGUCCAAACUAAAAAGAACACUUGUCUAUAACCUUCAAACUACAAGAAAGAAAGGAAAAAAAAGUCUUUUUGUUCAUUCUUUGUUUCUCAUAGUCCAUUCUUGAAUGAUCUUUUUCGUCACUAUCAUCACCGGAGUCGACAAUGUCGUCCGCCGCCGCCACUGAAAUUUCCGAUCAAUUCGAAACCCCAAUUCUCGACGCAGAAUCUUCAGUCCUUCUCCACACAAUUUCCGAGCACGGCGGCUAUGCUUUCGUCCGCAUGGCUUCUCAAGCCGAAGCCGGCGACUUUCGGGCCGCCGAGGCGGCUCGCGAGAUGGCUUGGGAGCAGCUUCACUCGGGUCCAUGGCACUCUGUUCAGCCGGCUUGGCGCGACGCUUACUCCAUGGCUUGCCUCCGAGUCGCCAAGCUUCAUUUCGCUAGCGGCGAAUUUAAGGAAGCCCUUAGGGUUUUGGAUAUGGGUCUAAUUAUGGGUGGAACUCUUUUGAGGAAAGAUUUGGAUUCUGCUGUUCAUAAAGUUUCCUCCAAAGCUAGGGUUUCUGAAGCUCAAGGUGUCAGUAAUGGCUCUUCUUCUUCGAAAUCGGAGUGUGAAUUGGUUCACGACGGCCUCAACAAGGCGGAGAUUCUUCAAAUGUUGCCUGAGAAAUCAUUGUCUGGUAAGACAGUGGUGAAAAGGUCUGGUCUUUCUAUGGAGGGAUUUCUUCGUGAAUAUCUGUUGAAUGGAUUACCAGUGGUUAUAAACGAUGCCAUGACUCAUUGGCCAGCAAUGACAAAGUGGAAAGACUUGGAUUACUUAAAGACUAUUGCUGGGGAUCGAACUGUACCUGUUGAGGUUGGGAAGAAUUAUCUAUGCUCUGAAUGGAAGCAAGAGCUCAUAACGUUUUCGCAGUUUCUUGAGAGGAUUCGAGCUAUUAGCUCUUCUUCUUCCUCGUCUUCUGCUGCCCCGACAUAUCUUGCUCAGCAUCCAUUAUUCGAUCAGAUAAACGAGCUACGAAAUGACAUAUGUGUUCCAGACUACUGUUUUGCUGGUGGGGGCGAGAUAAGAUCUCUAAAUGCUUGGUUCGGUCCGGCUGGUACAGUGACACCAUUACACCAUGAUCCACACCAUAAUUUACUUGCUCAGGUGGUUGGAAAAAAGUAUGUGAGAUUGUACCAUUCUUCCAUUUCGGAUGAGCUUCAUCCAUACACCGAAACUAUGCUUUUCAAUUCGAGCAAGGUUGAUCUAGACAACAUAGACGAGAAAGUAUUUCCAAAGGUGCGCGAUUUAGAAUUCGUAGACUGCAUUUUAGAGGAAGGCGAAAUGCUUUACAUCCCACCGAAAUGGUGGCACUAUGUGCGAUCUCUAACAACAAGUUUUUCGGUUAGCUUUUGGUGGAAUGACACUGAAAAUUCAACAGAUUCUUGAGUUUUCAUUGCUUCCAUGGCGGGUUUUGUUCCCUUUCUUUUUCGUUGUGGUUAAUUAGAAGUUUAGGUGGUUAUGGUGAGUGUAGAAACCAGAGCGUUUUGCUAUCUUGGAUCUCAAAUAGGUUUAUUCUUGUGUAUAUAGCAUUUUUCAACGCUCAGGCUGCUAGACUUUUACAUAUUUUUAUUAAUUAAAAAUGGAAAUGUGUGAACUUCUUAAAGAAGUAUGUCUUUGCUUUAAUAAUAUCAAAUUUCAGUGAUUUGUAUUA